UGAAGGCAGCAGGGAUGAUGCUGCCCUGGAUCCAUAUUACCUUGCUAGCAGGUUGCAAGCUAACUGAAUACAGGCGGUACUGUGCGGCUACAUGGGGAUGUCCCACCCUUUCUAAGACAAGUUGAGGACUCCGUGGUUUUUAUCGGCUCUAAACAAGCAGGACUAACUUCCAAACUUUGGCGAAAUGACGACACGAUCAGAGAGAGAAAAAGCCCAGAAACUGAAUGAGCAGCAUCAGGCCAUUCUGUCUAAACUGCUGAGAGAAGAAGACAACAAGUACUGUGCUGACUGUGAGGCAAAAGGACCUCGAUGGGCAUCAUGGAACCUCGGGGUGUUCAUGUGUAUCCGCUGUGCCGGCAUACACCGCAACCUGGGUGUCCACAUCUCCAGGGUCAAAUCUGUCAACCUGGACCAGUGGACACCUGAGCAGAUCCAGAGUAUGGUGGACAUGGGCAACACCCGGGCCAGACAGCUGUAUGAAGCCCACCUACCAGAGAGCUUCAGACGGCCGCAAACAGACCAAGCAGUGGAGGUCUUCAUCCGGGACAAAUACGAGAGGAAAAAGUACUUCGACAAGGAAGCUCAGGGUGCAGCUGAUCAGAAGUCAUCUGAAGCUGCUCCUCCCUCCACCUCACCAUCCUCCCAGGCUGACAGGAACAGACAGGAGAAGGAGCGUGAAAAGAAGAAGGAGGAGAAGAAGAAAGAGAGGGAUGUUGAUAAAGGAGAGAGACUCAACAACACAAAGCAGUCAGAGUGCAGAGUCAGUCCCAAGAAAAGCACAGAGCCAGCUGUGGACCUGCUGGGCCUGGAUGCUCCAGAAGGUGAAGGAAAGAGCUUGGCCGGUGCUGCACCAAUCAGCGAUGAACUGGACAUCUUUGGACCAAUGGUCUCCAACCCUAUCCCCUCAGCCAACAACACACAGCAGGCUCAGUCUAGUUCCAGCACAGCACCUCCGCAGGCGGACCCCUCCACCUCCUCCUCUGCCUCCUCCUCUACCUCCACCACUACCACCACCAAGGCGGAGGAGAAGAAGCUUUUAUCUAAAGACUCCAUCCUGUCUCUGUAUGCCAGCAGCUCAGUGGGCAGUCAGCCGCAGAGCCAGCAACAGCCUGCUCCAGGACAAGCAGGUAUGUACAUGGGCCAGCCCCAAAUGCAGUUCACUCCACAGGGCUUCAGCCCUGGAAUGGGUGGAGCCGUCCCACCCGCCAACAUGAUGGGUGGGGGGGUGAUGAUGUCCAGCAUGGCCCUGCCCAACGGGGGCUACAUGGGCAUGCAGCAGCAGGGCGUGAUGCCAGCCAACCAAGGACAGAACAUGUACAACAUGCAGCAGGGACAGCAGCAAGGACAGUGGAAUAUGGGCCAGAUGACCCAGCAGAUGUCAGGCAUGGCUAUGAGCGGCGGAGGGCCAACGCCAGCCACUUUCAACCAGUCAGGUGCCCCCGCAGCCGGUUGGCCCGCGGCCCCUCCAACAGCUUCUGGCCAGACCCUCAGUACCCAGCUGUGGAAGUGAAGAGGACGAGUGGGGGAAAACAUGGGGCAGUCACAUGGCACCAAAACAGCCAAAUCUGCCUCCGACCCACUCGUCUCCUUACAGCUCUGAAUAAACAACGCACAGCGGGGGCAGUUUGGCUGCCCUACACUCCCCUCCCAAUCCCUACACACCUUCAUCGUUAGGUCAGAAAAACCAAGAUGACAUCACACUGGUGAAGUGGGAAAAAAAAAAAAAAAAAAAAGAGAGACUGGCAGCUGUCGUGUCUUCAUUCAAUUUCCCUCUUCUUUUAUGAUUUCCUCUUGUUGUUCAUGUCUGAGGAGACAAAAACAGCAUAACAAAAAAAGAAAGCUGCUGGACCAAUAACUCCAAGUCCUAUUAUAGUAAUAUUAUUAUAUCAUUACCAAAAUGGAUAGUUUGUGAAUAGUCUUUCAAUACGUACAGUAGAUAUGGCUAUCUUGUUGUUGGUUUAUGCUACCCUCUCCUCUCCCCUCUCUCUCUCUGCUGUGUAAAUUGUAAUCCUCCCCCCUCCCCCCCCCCCCCCCCUCUCUGUAGGGCGAGCAGAGCCUUGUAGCAGAUAAUCGUCUGAGCAGUACUGUAUCUAUGUGAAUAUAAUGUGAAACCCUCACUUUUCAGAGCCAUAGGAGAGAGGUUGAUGCUUUGACUCUCAACAACUUUGGUUUGAGUUUUAUCUGUCACUCUGUCAGGUGAAGUGAUCUGGAGAUGAGGUUCUCCCUUUACUUAACAGCUUCCUGUGAAGUUUAGCAGCGCUAAAUAGCAUAGGGUUUGACUGACAUGGGUUUAAAGCUGCUUAUACAAUAGAUGUUAUUUUGCACUGAUUCACUGAGUCAUUGUCAUAUAAUUGACCAUUUUUCCCCAGAAUUGUAAAAAAAAAUCGGAGGAUUGAGUUAAACAGUGUCUCAUUACAACCACUUCAGGUUAUGUUUUUCUUCCCCCCACCGCAGCCACAGACCACAGAUCAGCUCUACAGUGAAUAUCAUAUACACCAGUGGUACAACCUUUGGGCUGGAUCAAGACACACGUGAGGGGUUACAAGAUCAUUUAAAAAAAGGAAAUAAGAAAAAAUAUAACAAUUUUUAUCACAUUUAUUUCUGAAUCUUUGCUAUUUUACUGUCAAAUACUGGAGAGUCUCACCUGCUAAGACUCUUAACUAUUCAGGUUCAACAAUCCUUAGAGAAGCAAACAUCUGUGUUUGAGCUUCUCAACUUGUAGACAUGUUCACCCUGUGACACGGGGUUGCAAGUAGGGCCAAAAUGAAAUCUUGUUUUAUUUCACCACAUGAUCAUAUUCAUUUUUUUCUCCCACAAAUGCAAAUGACUAAAACAUUGAAACGACUAUAUUUGAAGGCCUACAUGUGCAAAACAGCCAAGUGCAGGGCUGUCAUGCUUAUGGAUAUUCUUAACCACAAAGGUUAGCCUGCACAGGAUCGUCAGUGCUACGCUCUCCAAUUAAAGGAAUAUUUGAUUAGAGGAUUGUUCGUUAGAAGUUAGAAGAUUGAUACCACUCUCAUGUUUGUUAGGUAUUGAAUUGGAGCAGGGAAGUGAUUAGCUUAUCUUAGCUUAGCAUAAAGACUGGAAGCAGGGGGAUCAGCACCUCUAAGGGCACUAAUUAACACGCUUAAUCUUGCUACAAUCAAACAUCUGUACACGAAGACAGUCUGGACAGAACCAGAUGACCUGUUCCCCUUUGCUCGCAGUAUUUUUGCAAAGCUAAGUUAAUCGCAUCCUCGAAUUAGCUCUGUACCUAGCGCAGACGUGAGAGUGGCAUUGAUCUUUUCACCUCACUCUGCAAGAAAACUAGUGAGUGUAUAUCCCAAAAUGUCAUGAGCACACACGUUCAGGUAAGUAAUCAGUCUCAGUACAGACUUAGCGGAAAAUAAAAGCCCACUCACUAAUUUAUCUGCUGUUUCUUGACAUUAACAUCACUUAGCAUCUCCAGCUUGGCUACAUAGUAUUAGCUAUUGGCCUACAUGGCAAGGACACUGUUCACUCUCAUGAUUCCAAAAGCGAUGACCAGAGUGUAGAGUCCUUUUUCAGUCUAACCCUGAUGUAAGUGUAACCACAAGAUCAAGUACAGCAUGACAAGCACUAACUAGUCAUCCAACAGUCCUGAAAAUGGCAGUAUUAAUGUCACAGCUUCAGGGAUUGGUGUAACUCAAGACAGCUAGAGCAUCCAGCUACAUUUAGACUGAAAAUACCAUUUUAGGGAUGUUGUAAUAACACGUUUUUAACAAUAUAGACAUUUUAGACAUACUCUACAAACAAGGGUCGAAAGACAAGAAAGGUUGGGAACCACUGAUUUAUAUGUAUAUCCACUGCAGUUAAUGUGACAACAGUGUCUGGCCAGUUACCUAGAAUUGGUACUUUAAUCAGGAGAAUAUAUCCAACACAGUUUCUCAAACUGCUUAAAAAUAACCCAAAAUCCAAAUGUCAAGGAUUCCCUUUAAGUGUCAGUAAUUGCUGAGUGGCCCAUGGGUCCCCUGGAUGUCUUUGGUUGCCUCCAUGUGAUGUUUUGAAGUGUUUAAAUACCAAACAAGCUGGGUUCAGUGGAAACCGGGCUCUGACCCAGUUAAGACAGUUACUUGUUGAAAUGAGCUGCCCCCCCUGCGCUCCCCGAGGCAAAUUAAAGCACUGCUGGCAUCACAGCAGUUUGUCUUUUCUGCACUUUAAAAAGCAGAGCAGGUACUAUACUGUACACUCUCACUGUGUUGUGGUGUCGCCUCUCAGAUCAUUGUCGGGGAACAGCAGAGAUAAGUGAACUGUGACUUCACUUCCAGCUGCAGGGUGGGAAAUCCAUUUGACUUUUUCAUUCUUUUCAAAACUGGACCAGUUUGACACCCAAAAUGUUUCUCCUUCCAUAUAUGAAGCUAUAACCGUAUGUUCUGCCAUCCACCAUCUUUAUUGUGGUGUUUUGUUGUGUGCAGUACAAGAGAAGCACAGUUAGUCAUAAGCAAAUAAACCUGGAAGACCAAUCAGAGGGCUAGACUGGCAGGAUGAGGACAAUGAGGAGGACCAGGAUUUGACAGUGCUGGAGAAAAGGGGGACCUGUAUGAAAACCCUGGAUGGGUCCAAUCGCCACUGUCCAGUCCUUGUUUAUUGGGAGUAAGACCAGAGGAGGAACAGGAGAAACGAACAAAACAAAACACACAUAUGCACACAGAGCUAUGAUCACACUGCCGAGCGCCGAUGCAGAGAUUCAUGUCCGUGUACACAGGGUCCCUCUGCCAUGCAAUAACUGUAGCACUCUGUUACACAUGUGGUUGGUGUGAACGAUACAUUAACAUAUUCAAUAAAUCUAAUGUCCUCCAGGUUUAUUUCCAAUGUGUUUACAUUUUCUGGUGCCUAAUACAGAGAAAAAAAAAGUGGUUUCCGUGCAUUAAAAUAAUAAAUAAAAAAUUUUUUUUUCUGUGUUCAUCUUUAUCCAAUGACUCUUAACUGUAAAAGUACUGUUUUAUCUUUUGGGAAUUUUGUUUGCUCCUUUUUUCUGUUCCAAGUUUUACAGGAAGGUCAUUUGGAAUAAAGGCUGUUGAAUCCUGGA